AGUACACAGCAAUGCGGACGAAGAAGGGCACAAACGAGGGGAAUAGUCUGUUUUUCUCCAACAUCCCGGCGGAUCGGGGUUUUCUCGGUCGUGAGGAAUAAUUUACCAGGGAUUACGCCCACGAAACCGCACAGGAAAGGACAUCAAUUGGCUUGGAAGCAGCUCCGCGGCGCAUAUUUUCCCGACAAAACCUUAACCGCACAUUUGUAUUCCCAGCCCCAGACGUGUGGAAUAGCAAAAAAAUAAUAAUGAUUGCUUGAAUAUUCUUGUACUAGUCGCGUUUUUGUGUGUGUUGCCAGCACCGCUUCACGUGUUUUUGCGCAGACUCGCGAUGGUGGACUCCGCUACCGUGAGGAAGACUUUUGUGGUCCCAGACAUAAAGCCGUUGGAUUUGUAUGACUGUACUAAAGCAAAAAUAUGCGCAAGUGUCGGAUGGCUGUUUGCAAAGUCCUACGGCAGUGCAGAGAGUGUCCCUGCAGAGCUGCGUGACCCAUUCUACUGUGACCAGUAUGAGCAGGAGCACCUUAAACCGCCAGUCACGCGCCUCCUGCAGUCCUCGGAGCUCUACUGCCGGACGUACAGCCCGUUGCUGGGGGGCGCCGGCGUCGAGGCACAGCCCAAAGACAACGUCGCCCUGCUGCAGCUCCUCGCUCAGAGAGGGGUAGCCCCCAAAGACCAGCAGACACCGGUGACCGAAGCUGACCUCCGACACAAACCCAUCAAAAUGAGUGCUCACCUGGCAAUGAUGGACGUCUUGAUGGCCAUGGGAGCUAUGGAGACGGUGACUGCGGUGAGGACGCGUGGUUCUGCCGAGCUACUGGGCGGAGCCUCCAGCUGGGAGGAUGCUCUGCUUCAUUGGGUUAAUGGGUUAAACCAGAAGUUAAGAGAAUGUACUGAAGGAGCCCAGAAUGACCCGUCUCAGGCCCUUGCAGAGCCCCAACCUGUUCAACCCUCUCUCCGCUACAGGAAGGAUAAAAUGCGGUCGAAACAAAAGCCCAUCUUUCCAGUGGUGAAUGGCGUUAAAGACCUCUCCAGUGGUUGUGCUGUUGCUGCAGUCAUACAUUACUAUUGCCCUGGCCUGCUAAGACUUGAAGAUGUUUGCAUGAAGGAGGCCAUGUCUGUAGCAGACAGCCUGUACAACCUGCAGUUCAUCCGUGAAUUCUGUGACAGCUGUCUGAAGAGCUGCUGUCACUUGGCACUGGAGGACAUGCUAUACACCCCACAGGAGCUGCAGCCCAAUCUGCUGAGCUUCCUAGCAGAACUGCUUAGCUGGUUUGAAGUACAAAAGCCAGACUUUGUUCAACCAAUUGACCCAUUGGAUGGAUCGCCACCAGCAAAGCCAAGCAGCUUGAGUGGUAGCAGUACCUCCCCUUCUAUCUUCAAGAAGCCUUUCCUACCCAUCUCCUCUCCUGCAUCAGGAUCUUUGACUCAGUCUACCUCAAUGUCUCAUAUAGAAGGAGUUGGAAAGACAUGGAGCAAAAAACCUCACAGCCGCCCCUUGUCGGCGGUAUCCUUCAGCAUUCCUUUUGGCCUGGACAGUGAUGUGGACGUCGUGAUGGGCAACCCUGUGAUAACCCGCUCUGUGAGCUCAGACCAACUCAACCCAGCAGGCCAAAAUAUGACCCGGGUGCCCUACAGCCCUCCUGAAGACCUCAGCCAUUUGCUCAGCAAACCCCCCGGCUCCAACGGGCCGCAAAGAGCUUAUUGGGCUACCCAGACUGCUAGUAUUCCAAGGUUGGCAGAGCAGAACGGCCUUGUGGAGAGUGAAACGGGAGAGCUGCCUACCAUUGAAGAGGCUCUCCAAAUUAUCCACAACGACAGCAAGCUGGAGCCUCGUUUACACCCUGAUGGUGCUCCUGAUGGCUUCUACCUCCACUCCCCCGAUGACCCUGUUAGUUCCAGAUAUAGCAACUUAGACCCCAUCAGCUGCUCUGCCCCUACACGCUCAGGAAUGACGUACCGGCCCACGGGACGGUCCAAGGAGCCUGCCUCUGAACGUUCUCGAGAUGAUGACUCUGUCUUGAGAGAUGGCAGUGUCGACUCUGAUGCGUCGGAAGACCUGCCCAAAGCCCAGUCCACUCCAACCACACCAGCUGCUGGUUCACCCUCUGCCCGAGGCCGUGGCAAAGAGGGCUCUGAUAGUGGUGUGAAGAUGACUAACUUUGCAGAACGCAAAAAGAAACAGAUUGUUGAUUCUCCGAAAGCCAGCGACCCCUCUUCCGCUUCGCCAUCUUCUCAGUUGAUCACAUGGGCGCAAAAGUCUGAAGAAAGCCCCGGCAGGAGCCCUCAACUCAACAAUGAGAUGUCGGAGCUGGGAACUCGGCUUGAAGAAAAGCGCAAGGCCAUUGAAGCCCAGAAGAAACGCAUUGAGGCCAUUUUUGCAAAGCACCGACAAAGACUGGGGAAGACUGCCCUUUUGCAGUUAAAGAAGGAGCAAUGUGAGGGAGAAGGAGGGGAUGGCCAGAUAAGCACCUCAUCGCCCGAAGAAGCGCUCUCUCGCUUGACACUUGAAGAAAGGCUGACUCGAAUGGAAGAGGAAGAGCAGCAAGAACAAAAUAAACAGCGCACCUCAGUGGAGGAUGACGGUAAUGUCAAAGUAGGCCGGCCGCUCAAUAAACAGGUCAGUCACACCAAAGAAAAGGCGGGUACACCGGGAGAGAAGGGCUCUGGGCCUCAUGGUGAGAAAGUGGCAGCGCCACUCGGGGACUAUAACAAUGCCGUAUCCAAGCUGACUGCAGCUCUCGGCUCUCUGCAAAGUGACAUGCAGCGGCUGACCGAGCAGCAGAACCAAUUGGUCAAAAAGAAAGCUGCAGGUUCCAGCCCGAGAACCUCGACCCCAGCUGCUUCACGCCUAUCGCGAGAAUACACCCGGGAUUUUAAUUCAGCCUCCUCUUCGCCAUCCCACAGGAUCACAGACCACACCACUCCUCCUAAAUCCCCUAGAGUCCAACGUAGAGCCCAAUCUGUGCCUCCGAAAAGUCCCAAACAACACCAACAGGGCCGUUCCUUCGACGUUAAGGUUCCAGCCAUAUCGAGGGUUAUGAACGCACCUCAAAACGUGGACCGCAUCCCUCACCUUCGUCGUGUCAAUCCUUGGCAAUCCAAAGAUCAGACCUUGUCCUCAUUCUCCCUUGGUGACUCUGACACAUCCGGACCAACUCCUGGUACCAUGCCAACACAGACCCCGAUGCCAACUCCUUCCACUACACCCUGUCCUGAUGACACGAUGUCAGAGGUCGGCUCCAAUGACGAUCAUAGUAUAUUUAGCAUGGACCUGGAGGCGGGGCCCUCCCGUGGUCUGUUGGCAAACGAAGAAAGGCUUGCAGAUGGGGGCUGCAGCUCUGGCGCCCCGUCAGAGUGCUCUUACGAGAGCGAUGUCACCGCAGGGAUGUUGAAUGGCAAACACAGUAGCCUGAUCCAGAUCUCGCUGGCCGCUCUGCAAGGAGAUGGGGAGGACGAUGACCAGGGAGCGGACGCUUUCUCCGACUCGAUGAGUGAACGGCUGGAGCAAGAAGUGAAAGGAGGGGUUGGUUUCUUUUUCAAGGAUGAAAAGAAGCGACCAGAAGAUGAAAUGGCCCAGCGAAGAGCAGCUUUGCUGGAGAAACAGGAGAAGAGAGCAGAAGAGAUGAAAAGACGUAAACUUGAGCAAGAAAAGGAAAAAGAAUCAAACAAACCUCAGUGGAUGAUCAUCGAAGGCUGGAAUAACAAGAGCGAGGACACCCCCCAGACUCCUGGCACCUCUCCGGCAUCACGCACCCCACCAGGCGAGGGGAAUCCUCAUCGCAGAGGAGACUUCACUCGGCUGGAGUAUGAGAGGAGACAUCAGCUGAAAAUCAUGGAAGACUUGGGCAAGGUGCUGAAGCAGAAACCCACCACGGUUCGCGGUGUGAAGAAGCAGAGACCCAAGGCGAUGUUCCGAGAUGACUCCGUCCUCUCUCGUAGCCCUGUGAGGGGUUUCGUGGGCACCAAGGUGUACUCCCGCUCAACCAUGAACCUGUCCUCCAUGGCUAAUGACUCUGGAGGCCUGUCUGUCAGGAAGUCUCCCAGCCGUUCACACUCUCCCUCCAGGCUAAUGUCACCAAGACGAGGGAGUGGUCACAAUGGAGAGAAGGACUGGGAGAAUGGCUCGACUACUUCCUCCCCUGCCUCAAUCCCCGAAUAUACAGGACCAAAGCUGUACAAGGAGCCAAGCUUUAAGUCCAAUAAGUUCAUCAUCCAUAAUGCUAUCACCCGCUGCUGCCUGGCCGGGAAGGUCAAUGAACCACAGAAAAACAAGAUUGUAGAGGAGAUGGAGGCAAGCACGGGCAACCACUUCCUCAUCCUCUUCAGAGAUGCCAGCUGCCAGUUCCGAGCAGUUUACACCAUGAACCCUGAAACCGAGGAGAUGGUACGGCUCACUGGUAAUGGCCCUCGGAUUAUUGUACCUGAGAUGGUUGACUCCAUUUACAAGUACAGCUCUGACCGCAAGCAGUUUACUGCCAUCCCGUCCAAAACUAUGUCCGUGAGUGUCGACGCCUUCACCAUCCCUGGACACUUUUGGCAAAAGCGCCCAGGAACGCCGAAGAAGCUUGGCACCCCAAAAUAAUGUCAGAGAGCUGGGUGAAGAUGGGUAGAAAUGUUACCAUUCAGGGAACCAGCUCCCAGCUUGACUAGCUCCUUUUGUCCUCAAUUCUGUCCAAUGAGGCGUUUGAGAUUCCAGAAUCUGGUCAAGAUUGUGCAGAAUCCAUCUAACUAGCAGUGGCCGGCAUGACUGAUGAGGCUUUUGGCCAGCUCUCAGCCUGGAUCCCGAGAGCACUUCAGUCAACUCCACAUGCCAUGAGAACGGGCCAAUCACUCACUCAUUCAGCCAAUGUACUUACAAUAGUUUCUCUCUUGAGGGCUUCUGAUUGGCUCUGCCUCAUCUACCUAGAUUGUAAAAUGUAAUGUGACUGAUUCUGUUGAGAUGAAGAAUGCUUUUCCUCGCACCCUGCCUCCUCAUGCCUUGCCUUACCCUGCCCCUGGAGUCAUUUUUGCAACUCUUAGGUAAGAAAAAGAGGGGGCAGCUACACUGCCUUUGCCCACACAGUGUUUUGGGCCAGAGUAGUUCCCGCCCCCCUCGAUUCUGCUAGCUUUCUCUUUUUCUGCCUUUUCUUCUUCUUCCAGAGCUCACCUUCUCCCCGGUCUAGUGAGGCAGGUGGCUCAGCUCUCCGUUCUCAUAGGAGAUCUUAGCUGGGAAUGAAUGGCAGGUAAUGCUGCUCUCAUAAGAAUGUAGGGCGCACUCAAACCACUCAUUCCAUUCAAGGGUGUUUUCACUGGAUUAUCAGAGCCAGAAAAAAGAAGGCAUGGCGGGUGGUUCCUCUGUGGGAUGCGCUGGCUACUGUGGUUGUCGUUGGACUCGCACACAUAGAAGCUGCCUGUGCCCCCGUAGUUUGUGCAUUCCAGCUCCUGCAUCUGGAUGUUUUGUUUUUUAAAUACUAUUUUGACAUGUUUUUGCUGGACAAAUUGCUUUCAGCCUUUGAGGGCUGAAAGAAUGAAAUUCAUGUGACUUUUUCCUCUUAAAUUGCUUUCUCAUGUUCACCAUGUAAUGAAUUGAAAUGUUAACUGAGCUGAUCUUGAAUCACAAUACUGGAAACAUGAAGGAGGGCUUUACCAUGUUUAUUAUUUCUCGGAUACAGCUAUGUGUGAAAAUGAUGAUCAAUGCUGAUUUAAUAUAUACUGAAUGCUGAUCACUUUGAUUUUUUGACAAUGAUUUGUAAAAAGUAAGUUGACCUUUUGUAAGCUAUGAAUAAGCUAGCCUGCUGCUUAAGCAUUAGUGAGAUGUAUGUUUGAGAUGAGUGAGUGUAAGAGAAUGGAAAGAAAUUGUCAAACUACUAAAAAUUGCUUAAACCUUUUUUGUCUAGGGGUUAAUAAAUCCUUUAGGUCACCAGGAGUGUUUCCUAUUAUAUGACUCUCUGUGUGCCCCUGCAUAUUAACAGUAGGUUUCUUAUCGAAGGAGCAUUCUGGACUGUAACAGCCCUCAUCUUCCCCACAGUCUCGAGAGACUCCUUCAUAUAUAACGGGGGGGAAAUGUAAAACGACAUUGUAAAACACUUUGUGUGUCCACGCUGUACGGAAAAACCACUUUACCCUGCAGUUGCUUAUGAUCAGGUAAACAUCGACACAACACCUGUUAGAUUGGGCUCAGUCCCCUCCUUUGCAGUCUCGAGGACGACGGCAGCUACCGAGGUGCAGCUGUCUUCUUUCAAAUCACUGAUUGCCUCCGAGAAAUGUGUUUUUUUUAAAUUAGUUUAAAAUGUGGAAAACAAAUGUUCGGCGCUGCAUUCAGAAAAUAAGAUGAUUGAUGAGAAGUGAGUGUGGAGUGCAUAUGGAAUUCAUGGAUGUUUGUAUUUAUGUGUUUGAAAAGAGCAGUAUGUGGUAGUUGAACACUAUAUUUUGAUUCUGUGCAAUUCUCCUCUAGAAAUCCCCACAUUACCCAGAGGUGUAUUUAUUUAGUUUGCCUUAGAUGGUGCUUUUGAUGUUUAGUUUCAGGUUCUACCUCUGUCUUUCUAGGUUAAGGUGGUAAGUCUCGAAUUCAUUUCAUAGAAGUUGUCAUAACAUUUAUGUUGUAUCCUUUCUCUUCUCGUAUUAAACCUGUGCCAGCACAUUAUGUAUGAUCAUUCCAUAAAUUGACUAUGGCUAGCGACCAGACGAAUAAAAAUCCUCUUUAAAAUCAU